AAGAAGGCCUGGUCAGACGUCCGGUGCCGUGGAAACAAACAACUUUAACUUGUAUAAUUUCCAAUAGGAAUUAUACAAGUUCUGAAGAAUGUGAAGGAAAAUAAAUACACACAAGCAAAACAAAGAGAAACUAUUUGUGGAAUGCUUUUUCAGUCAAACUGGCCUGGACAGAAUGCUGAUACUGCUUUGUAAGCUUACCAUAAAAAAAAACCUGAAAGAGCACCUGUUGCAUCACACCACCAAAGCUUUCAAAAAUCCCGCAACACAGUCGGCAGGGUUAUUUUGAAGCAUUACUUGCUGGAGUACAAAUCACUGAUACCUGUGGAGCUGAACGUACAUCCAGCACCCGAAGCUUCAAAAUGCCAAACACCCAGAGGAACUAUGUGCGAUCAGGCAGUGUGUUCUACAAACUUGUGGAAGGGGUUCAAGAAGUGCGGGCGGGAUGCCUGCUCAAAUCCCCUCCCUCCAAGAAAUUCAAGUCUCUGAGGUCAUGGAAGCGGCGUUUCUUUGUCCUGUUCAGAAUUAAUGAGAAAGAACAUGCCCUCAAGUACUUCAGGAGUAGUGACGACAGGGACAAACCCCUUGGCGGCAUAGAAAUAUCUCAGAUCUCAAUGAUAUUCUCCAGCCCUCAAAGUAACAGCAAGUGGACCUGGAUCCACAAAACCUUCAAAUGCAACCCCGACUCUGUGCUCUUCAUCCGGACUUGCAGAAGAGACUACUUCCUCAUUGAUGAGAACAACGAUAAUGUGGAAGGUUGGUUCCAGGAUAUAUCCAAAAUCCUUUUGAGUCGCACAGAGUCAAAACUCAAUUCAGAGAUGCUGACCCAACUAACAGCUAAGCCCAUGGUGGCAGAUGGUUCCAGCCAGCAGGGAUCUGAGCUGUGUCAUUGGUUGAAGCAAGGCUCUGAGCUCUGUUAUGGGGGAAAGGAAGGUUCUGGCAGAAGCUUCUCUGACCCAGUUCAUCCUUUGAAUGUUUCCCACAAUGCACCACAGAACUGCAUAGAAGAUAAGGGCCAGGAGAAAUCCCGCCCCAUCUCAGACCCUUUGUUGGACUUGUCCCGUGUCAAGAUAUCUCAAGAUACCCCCCUGCAUUUUGGUUCAGAUACCGGCAAUGAUAAAUUCCAUCCCAUAUCAGACAAUGUGUAUGAAGAAUACAAGUUCAAUCUCAGGAGGUGCUCUUCAGUGGACUCCAGCAGCAGUGACCAGAGUACAUCUGAACCAUUUGGAACAAACUCCCCAGAGCCAAUCUAUGAUACACCAAGGAACCUCCUUAAACGUUGGAGUCAGGACAGCACUGACAUUGAGGAUGAAAACCAGAAUGAGGAAGAGGCCACCAGCUUCUACAUGAAAAUGGAUGCACUCUAUGAAGUUUUGAACAUGGGCCAGGAGGGAAGCGAGGAGAUUCCAGCUGCAAAUUCUUGUCCAGAGGAGAAGCCUCAGCUCCCAGUUCCCCCAGCGGAGAGGACCAAGGUCUCCCCAGCGCACAUGCUGUUAAACUGGGCAAAGAACAAGUCUUUCCCCUCCAACAGGUUGGAACCACAGAAUCACAGUUGCAACAGUGACCGGGACACAGCAGAUGUCAGAGAGAUCACCGUGAACCAGAACGACCUGAAGACUCACCUGACUCUAGUCGAGGUCAACGGGAAACCCUGCAUCUCUAAUUGGCCGGCUCUGCCUGAGACGAAGUGUCUGUUCCGCAAGGGAGAUCAAAUCCUGGCCAUCAACGACCUGCGCAUCGAGAGCAUGGAAGAGGUGCAGACCUACCUGAACAAAGUGCUUAAAGACCAGGUGAAACUGACAGUGCUGAGGCAACCAGGGUCAGAGGCCUCCCUCCCCAGUCGCUGGGGCACCGAGUCAACUGUUGAGUGACCCGUCUGGGCGCUGCACAGGGGCAGAGUGCUUGGAGGGGGGUCAUUCCUGUCCUGCCCAUGUGAUCUCUCACCUAAAGGUCACCGCACUUCCUCUGUCUUGAGUGCUGAAUAUUGGUAGCGGACAGAAAGCUAGCGGUCACCACAUCCUUGUUUUCCCUAACGAAAAUAUGAAGGAGAUGUCCAGUUUUUUACAGGCGAUCUGUUUCUAUGUGAAAGGUCUGGAUGGGCAUCACACCACCAAGACACACCUGGACUCUGAUACAAAGGGCUGAAGCCAAGAGCUCCAUUCAUGAAAUGAUCGGACAGUAGUCCUAUGGUGUGUGGGUUUUUAUUGGGAGUGCAGUCAUAAAAAUACUGUGUGCAGAUAAUCCUUAUUUUUAUUCAAUCUUUAUUCAAUCAGAUUUUCUCACUGAGAUAAGAUCAUUCUUUUACAGGAGAAAAUUGGUCCAGUAGUGAUCUGUGCAUUGUUUUUUUAUGGUCCACACCAUACCAUGUAUAUUCUUAUAGCUGUUUCAUAGGCGGUUAUAUAGAAAGCUUGUUGCCAGCUGGAUAUUUAAUAUCUAUUCCAGCAUGCUCGAAGAAUUAAAAAUAUUUUGAAAUAUAAAUAAAUCUGGUCAGGGCCUGAACUGUAAGAUUCUCUUCUGCAAUGUGCCUGAUCACCACUAGGUGUCCUCAAAAUUCUGUGUUCGUUGUGAAAGUCAAACAGCACAGUUAAAAGCUCCGUCAAUUCGUGCAGUUAUCCUUUACUUUCCAUUUGGGAGGUUUUACUGGGUAAAUAUUUAAAAAUGUAACCCAAUUAAUAUUUGUGAUCAAGCUUUGAUGUGCUAUUGAGAUCUAAAAUAUUCCAUUGGAUGGAUUGAAUUUUUUUAUUAUUUUAGUUUUGGUGACUGGUCAGCAAAGUUUCAAAAUUCUAUCACAUGGUAAAUUAUUAUUAUUAUUAUUAUUAUUAUUAUUAUUAUUAUUAUUAUUAUUAUUAUUUUGAAUACACAACAUAUUUAAUAAACUCAGAUUACAUCUUUUUCUUAGACAUUCAGCCAGGAUUUCAAAACGUUUGCUGGAUUGUUUCACGUGACAAGAAUCAAACUUUCAGCUGUUUUAAGGGACAUUAAAUAUAUAUUAAAUACAUAUGAUGCAGUGUUAAAGCAAUACUUUCCGAGAGUUUCUUGCACUUCAGGCUUCUGAAAACUUGACAGUGACACUUAGAGGUGCGUCAGAAAUUAUUUUAAAAAAUAAUUCAGGCUUAAGAAAAUCUGUAAAUCCAUAGCUUAGCUACAAACCAUGCAAAUAUUUUACAUCCAGAUAAAGGAGUGGAGGUGUGUAGUCUUGGUGGAAAGACUGAAAAGGUACAUGUUAUGUCAUCUGAAAGAACGUUCAUCUUCACUGCUGGUUAUGACAGUGACUGCAGUCUUCCUGAAACUCUUCUUUCAAUUGAUAGGGGUUAGCUACCUCAUGCUUUCCGUCAACGGUAUGAUAUAAAUGCCUAGAGAUAUCCAUCUGUAAGAGAUCUCUCUAAUUGACUUGUAUCUUUAUGAAUAUUGGAAAAAUUAUGUCCUCAUUUUGUUGUCAAAUUAAUUCAGUUGAAUCAACUUAAGUCUUAAUGAGAAGACAGUGGUUACUGUAAGUAAGACUAAUAAAAUGCAAAUUGCUCUACAAACCCAUUUAUCUUCAACAGACAUCACUGAGUUUAUACUUAUAUACUCUACUUAUAAUGUGAUUGUAUGAAUGUGCACAUUUCUAUUUGACUGUUUAAUUAAAAGAAAGUAAAUAAG